AUGACCGAACCAAGACAUUCUACGCGGCCACAGCCGCACCGGUCUUCAUCGGCCCUGGCGCCCGCCAACCACUCCUCAGAUUCCACCUCCAUCCGCCCACGAAAUCGACGUCUGCUUAGUAACCUCGACGACGAUAGUGACACUGCCACCUCCCGCGAAGCGAGCCGCUCCCGUCGUAACCGCAACCUCAAUGUCCAUGAUACCGCCGGUUCUUCUUCUCCUGCGCGGAGCUACGGCCUCUUGUCAGCUUUGAGCCCUGCCAACAGUCGUUCUACGAGCCCUCUUCCCUCAGAACGGGGUGGCACCAGUCCUCACCGAACCAACAGCGCGGCUAACCUGACGAACUUCUUAAACGAUUCACUGACACAGAGUUGGGCCUCGAUUCAGGGGUUCACAUCUUCACUUAUAUCAGGCGACAAUGGCGCGGCCAGGAGAUCCCAGUCCCAUAAUCGAGCGGGCUCUCGACCUGGGACCUGGGGCAGAGACUUUUCUAACAGUAGUGGCUCGAAGAAAGCAAGCGGUGCUUGGGGUCCGUCCCCUCCUCAAGAGCCGAAUCUGGAUGACGUGGGUGCUGGCUCGAAGGCAGAACGGGAGGCUGCUCUUAAGGCUGCGAAGACGGCUAUGGUGCUGGAGAGCCACGAUCGAGUCAAUGGUGGACUAGACGUCAGUGGGAAACAUAAGCGCCGCAAUUCUGACGAAUCUGUCCCCGAGCAGUCUCAACCUCAGGAGUUCAUGGUCUAUAUACACAAGGUUGAAACCAGCGACACAUAUGCCGGCUUGAUUCUGAGAUAUCAAUGUCGUGAGGAUGCUUUCAGGAAGGCCAAUGGGCUCUGGACACGAGAUAGCGUACAGGUGCGCAAGUGGCUCAUGAUUCCAGUUGAUGCUUGUGAUGUCAGAGGACGGCCAUGCGAUCCGCCCUCAUGGCAUAACGCUCAUGGAGUUGACUUACUCGCUCCAACGCCUGCUGCUGAAGACAGCGCAUCGGCUGCCCACGACGACUUCUUCAGUCGACCAAUCAACGGAACGUCGUCGGCAACCCCACGGGCUGAGGAGGAAGAGAGGCCAUGGACACAUGUACGAUGGGUCAAAAUUGACUCUUUCUCACACCCAGUGGAAAUUGCACGAGUUGCGCGGAAUGCCAUGGGUUACUUCCCUCCUCGACGAAAGAAGAGUAUUAGGACUAUCUCCACACUUUCGACGCCUCGACAGAGUCUAGACCUAUACAGCAACCCUCCUGGAUCUGUAGGCACCUCGUCUCGUCGACAAAGCUCCCUCGGCCACCGACCUCAGCUUUCGGGUACGGUCACAUCAAGCCCAGGGCGAGGUGCGAUGAGCGACGGUGGUGAAGCUUUACCUGCCUGGAUGCGUCGGCCUGGAGGUGUCGGUUCCAUGGGCAUGGGUACACGGGCUCCUGGUCCGGACAAGGACCAGCUUACCACGUGGACUAAAAAGUAUUUGCCCGGACUCACCCUCGAAGGUAUCCCUUCCAUGUCCAUUAUGGGGUCGGAAACAGCCCAUUUUGGCUUCAAGGCAGGAGAAUCGUCAAGUAUAGUUGAAAAUCCAACCGGGGAGGGACAAGAUGCCAGUUCAACACAACAGGGCAAUGGUCUAGAUAAAGCGGCUGCAGCUGUCGAGACUUGGCUUAGGGGCGCUCUCAUUCGCAAGCCAAGUUCCCAACUGGAUAGGAUACGUGGAAUGCCUGAAGGCGGCAGGCCCGAGCGAAACGGCGAUCUGAUAGAGUUGACGGAUAACGGUAGUGACGAUGGAAGAGGUCCUUCAUCGGGAGCACCGACCAGUCUCAUGGAGUCGCUGCAGAUCAAUAGCAGCAGCAGUCGAAGCGAAGGCGGGGGCGGCGUUCGAGGGCGGGUGGUGGCCAAGGGCGGUAAAGACGAUUAG